AUGUCAGCUUUUGAAACACCAUUGCGGCCACCAAAAACGCCAGACUACCGUCCAAAUCUGGACGAGGCGAUGGAAUUAACGUACACUGAUCCGAACCUAGAACCGGACCCAGAGGAUAGCCCUCCAGCAUCACAACUCGAGCCAAGGCAUAAAGCUGCAUUAGCCAAACAACGCAGCAACGAAGGUCUACGCCUUCAAAAAGAAAGCCGUCAAAAAGAAAACCUUCCGAGGAAUACCCGAUCCACGCGGCAGCCAAGGAAGAGGAAACAUGAAGACACCAUCAGCGCUAUCCAGUUCAAGAAGCAAAAAACUGAAACCUCCAUUUUAAAACUGGAGAGACACUUACAACAAAAGACUUGCCCUAAGUCGCUUCAAUACAAGGCGAAGGCAAACGUCACGCCUGACGAAACCUUUCGACAGGAAAUAAGCGCUAUUAAAAGUCACGCCGAAGCACAAUACGUUAGCGCCCUAGUGCGCUUCCAUCAGCGUAGACUUGUUAGUCACAAGAACAAACUUGAAAAGGCUAAUAUUGCCAAGUCUCGAUCACAAUACAAUGUAAAUACACGUGAAAGAUCACGUUCGCCCUUGAGGAACAUUGUAAAUACUGAUGUCGACAGGAUAGACAAAAUAGAAAAUCAGCUUUCAGAGCUGAAAGAUCUUAUAUACAAUACAUUAACUGAUCACCAAGUCAGCGUGUUAGCAAAAGGGCUCAAAUUUAUUGAAACACCCGUGACAAAUGAAAAUAAGAUCAGGCAACAAUUGUUGCGUGACUUCGAACAAUUCGCUAGGCGAAUGAGACUUAGAUAUAUAUUCCACGGGAAUGACAAGGACUCACAUCCUUUCCACGUCAAAUCAAACUGGAUACCACCAGUACAACCUUCUAUUGCCCUUGAACGCUACUUGGAAAAUAUCAAGUUAAGCCUUGCUGAAAUAGAAAUAACAAAGCCAAAACACAACCUGUCAUACAACGAACACAAAGCAGUCAAAGAACUGCAAAACAAUACUGCCAUCAACCUUAAACGUGCUGACAAAGGCACCACAACAGUGAUUCUCAACAAGAGGGACAAAAUUCAAGAGGCCCAGGUUCAGCUCGACAACAGAGACCACUACCGACCUCUUGAAAACCCCAUGGUCACUGACACAUUAAAAAAAGUUAAUGAGCUUAUUGCUCAACUGCACAAUGGCAAACAUAUAGACGAUAUGACAAAAAAGUGGCUUUCACAGACUCCCAAUCCGCCCAGAAUACCGAUUUUCUACACUUUAACAAAAAUCCACAAACCUUUGCCAGUGGGUAGACCGAUUAUAUCGGGCUGCGAAGGACCAACUGAAAGGAUAUCAUCCUUUGUAGAUCAUUUAUUACAGCCUAUUGCUCAAAAGCAAAAAUCCUAUCUCAAAGAUACAACUGAUUUCAUCAACUUUAUAGAGAAAACGCAAGUGUCAAAUGAUACUAUUUUAGUAUCAAUGGAUGUAACAAGCUUGUACACAAACAUCCCACAAGAAGAGGGUAUCACAAUAGUAUGGCAAGCAUACGAAAAAUACCACAAUAACAGCCCUCCCAUUCCGUCCCACUACUUAAAACAAAUGCUCGGGCUUAUACUGAAAGAAAAUUCGUUCCAGUUCAACGGAGUAAACUAUCUCCAAUGUUUUGGAACUGCCAUGGGAACACGAAUGGCGGUUGCUUUCGCCAACCUCUUUAUGGCAGAAAUUGAAACAAAACUGCUUCACCAAAGCAGUAUCAAGCCGACGUUUUCUCCCUGUGGGAUGUUCGUAAACAAGACAUUGAUCUAUUCAUAG